GUCACAUAACGGGUCUGAGAGACGACUGGGCGAUGGCUCGAACCGGCAGCCAUCACGAUGAAGCUAACUAUUGGAAACUAUUGCAUCGCAUUGUAUUGUAUGUAAAUACGUGCGCGUAAUGACAUUGAGCUUCGCGGGACGCGUUGAGUCGGCGGUGGGGUGACGUCAUCGGCGCGUUCGCCGGCGCGUCUUUACUGUAUUGUUUGUGAUGCGCUGAAGAUUAAGGGCAGACGCUUUGAUUCAACCCGUCGAUGUGACAAUGGACUGCCUGUAAUUGUUUAUGGAAGAUAUCAGAUUUAUUUCAUCUGUUCUGAUGUUUAUUCUGAUGCUGUAGGGCGGUUGGGGCUCAUGAAUCAGACGCGUAUUGAUCUCUAUUGUUACUGAUAUGAUCAGCUGUAAUAUGUUCAAUGUUUCUUGAGCGUUAUAUCUGAUAUUCAGUUUGUGCUGACAAGUAGAGCUAAAGGGGGUUUGUGUUUUCAUACAUAUUAGUUUUGCACUUGAAGACUAGUAUGCUGCUUGACAUGUGUUGACAGAGAUUUGGCUGGGGGUCCGAGUGUGUCACCCAGCCACCCUACAGAGAGUGUUUGUGAUCCAGUGAGAGAGAGAGACAGUGUUUGACCCAUUGUGUGUGUGUGUGACCCGUCCAUGCCCGUGUGCUGCUGCGGCUCUUUCCAUCACUGCUCCUCUCCGAGGAGAUUGGUCCGGACUUCAGGAUUCAGGGCCUGUGUGAUCCAGCCGCGUGCCAGCGCCUCCUCUGCUGGCCUCAGAAUGAUCCGGACCCCUCAGAGUUUGGGAGGGGUUGAGGACAGAGAUGAGGAACAAGAGGACGAGGGGGAAGAUUUGAGGGAUGGUGGGAUUCCCUGCAUAAUUAACCGGGGCGGUCUGCCCAUAAAUGAGGAGACUUGGGAACAGAUGUGGAGGCAGGUCGCCCGGAUCCAUCCCGAUGGAGAGAAUGUAGGGAAGAAGAUCUGGGCAACCAGCGACCUUCCCAAGAUUCCAAUACCAAGUGUGCCUACAUUCCAACCCAACAGCAGUAUUCCUCAGCGUCUGGAAGCCAUACAAAAAUACAUCAGGGAUCUACAAUACAAUCACACUGGAACACAGUUCUUUGAGAUAAAGAAGAGCCGACCGCUCACAGCAUUAAUGGACAUUGCCAAGGAAAUGACACGAGAAUCUCUGCCAAUCAAAUGUUUGGAAGCCGUGAUCCUCGCAACUUACCUCACCAACAGUUUGCCGAGCGUGGAGCGGUUUCCUCUCAGCUUUAAGACGCGCUUCUCAGGGAGUCACUUCUGUCACAUCGUGCUGGGGGUCCACAGCGGCGGACGCUUCGGCGCCCUCGGGAUCAGCCGGCGCCAGGACCUGAUGUACAAACCGCUGGAGUAUAAAACACUCGCCGACCUCGUGCAGGACUUCCAGGUGGCUUAUCAGGGCUACUGGCACACGCUGUGUAAGGUGAAGAUCGGCCAUUACGUGUCACACGACCCUCACAGCGUGGAGCAGAUCGAGUGGAAACAUUCUGUGCUGGACGUGGACAAACUGUCCAAAGAGGAGCUGAAGAAAGAGCUGGACAGAUACACUCGUGAUAUGAGGUUAAAGAUUGGGAAAGCCACUCCGUCAUCGCCCACUAAAGACAGAAAGAAGGAUAUGGGAUCUCCGCUGAGGAAUCCAGCCAGUCCCAUGCGGAAGAACAGUCAAAGUGAUAGACGGUCAUCAGUGGAGAGAAAACCUUCACAGUCAGGACCAGCAGCAGAUGUUAAUGGUUAUCAGAUCAGGGUGUGAAACAACACAAACGUUUAUUAACGGAGAAAGAUAUUAAGCGAAUGAAUGCUGAAACUCAACAACGAGGAUAAAGUCUUGCACCUGUGCAGUAUUCCACUUUAGAGAAUGUGGUCACUUUGAAGGGUACACACUUAAGAAUGUUCAUUUAUACCACCUGAAGUGAUUCGUUCAGUAGAAUAGCGACACAUCAUAUUUAUAUAUUCAGCCCGAGCCACAUCUGUAAAUACAGUAGAUUUAACUUUUAACUCAACUAACCAGUCUUAUAUAGAGACAAUUUUUAAUCCAGUUCUUGGGUGCCUUUGUAAGAACUGAGGGUUUUUUGGUGACGAUGAAAACUCUGAUCUGAUGAAACUCAACACACUGUCUUAUUUGCACUUCAAGUUUUUUUUGUUGCCAUCAUGAGGUUUCAUGAAUGAUCUGGAUGCGACCGGGACUAUAACAGACCAAAUAUUUGUAUGUUUCAGUCUUCUGUCGUGAGCAGCGGGGUUUGAUGAUGAAUCUGCUCAUGUUUUUUAAAUGUGAUGGUGGUUACAGGGUUCAGUUAUGAUACGGCCUGAAGUCCCCAUUUUAUUUUUAUAUGAUUUAAGAUUUCCAUAUGAUUUGAUUAUAGCUUUGAAUACACAUUACUGUUGUUAUUUUGCUCAAAUCAUCAGUGCGCAAUAUUCCAAAGAAAUACUAAAUUCAUCAUUAAAUAAUAAUUGAUUCAUUAACAUUUUGCACAUACAAAUGAAAUAAUCUCUUUGUAGAAGUUAAAUUCCUGCAUGUUUUUUGGGGCGAUUUUACAGAUUAAGACAAAAGUUUACGUGUUUUGAUAAUUGCGAUUUAAUUUCUAGUAUUCUGUUAUCAGAAAUAUAUAUAUUUUUUAUAGUGACACUUAACACAGAUCUGCUAGUACACAUCACAGAGGCCAGUCAUGCUGGUUGAGAGACCCUAUGAAGUGCUUACUACAAGUGUAAGAAUCGGUGCUGUUCAAUGAUCUUCUGUAAAUCUGUGCGUUAUGAGAAGCAUCAAUUCAUCACACAAUCUUUCUUCACUGAAACACACACGAGAUAAUCUACACUGGAUGUCUCUCAUGUCUUCUGUUGAUUAUGGUAAUGUAGACUUUAACUAUGAUGUCACAGCACUGUAAUGUCACACUUGUAAUCAAAAAGUCAUUUGUGACACUUGAAAUACAUUAAAACCUGUAUCAAAAGCUCCA